AUGCUGCCGGUACAUCGACGUGCAGCAAUAACAGCCAGUCGGCGGGCCUUUCUCAAUAUUCGAUCUCAGCAUUCUUCUCCUUCGACCUCGUCCGAUCGUAUCGAUACAUCGGCCAGUGAGAGUCAAGAUAGACUUACGGGCUCAGCCAAGCUGUUUGCCGACUCGAUCGAAGAAGAAUCUAUCUCCAGUACGAACAGCACUUCAAGGGAUCAUCUCAUACACAGCCAAGGUGAAAUUUGGACAGGAGACGAAUCGACUCAUGAUGCAGUCUUGCGAAUGCUCUUAGAUGCGAACAAACCAUUAAGGGAACCUGGAGGUAUCAAGCAUAACUCGUCAGAAGACAAGAUAAAGAAAUACAUCAAAUCAUUAGAUCUAAAUCCAGCUUUGGGUCAACCACUAUUUUCUUCACCUAAGGUGGAAGAAGUGCAAGAAGAUAAACCUAAUCCUCAUCGAACCACUAUUCCACCUCAUUUACAUCGACCAUGGCAUUCGACUUACACUGGAGAGACGACGUUGAAAUCAGCACCGCAGAUCAAGUAUGGUACAUUUAUCAAAUCGAACAAGGAUGGCGAUUCUCUUACCAACUUGCUUGAACUUACCCUACCACCCGGAGCAGAUGGUAAGACCCGUUCGAGAGUCAAGGAAGCUCGAAGAUCCGGAAAGACCAUUAGAAGAUUGGAUAAUGCCAGAGAGAAUGCACUAGACUAUAAGCUCGGUAUAGGAUCUGGAGAACAGGUGCUUAUAGAUAUCGGAGAAGAUGAGGAAGAUGAGACGUUUAGAGGCAACAGGCAGAUAAAAGGGAGUAGUGUACUGGGUGCCCAGAAGGGUUCGGCAAGUGGGAUGAGAGCUUGGGGAGGUCUGGUAGAAGAUCGUAUACAGCGCGCUAAAGAGGCCGGUUUCUUCAAGAUCACGAACGGGAAAGGUAAACCUAUACCCAAAGAUCCUGAAGCUAGUAAUCCUCAUCUCGAAACCGGUGAACUCCUUAUGAAUCGGAUAGUCAAGCGUCAAGGCGCCCUCCCACCAUGGAUCGAACUCCAGCAUUCAUUGGACUCCACAUUGACUGCUUUCCGUAGCACAUUGUUAACGACCUAUACAACUCAUCUCGUUCGUAAUGUCAUUUCAACUAAUGCCCUAUCACCCUUACCGCCACUACAUUCUAUUCCCUCUCAAGACGAAGCUUGGGAAGCACGCGAAUUCAAAUUUCAUCAGGAGAACAUCAAGCAGAUCAAUGAUUUGGUACGAAGGAUGAAUGCCCAGGCUCCUUCACCCGCUCGACGGAAUCUCUUGACUCUUGAAGGAGAGCUAAACAGGCUUAGAGGAGAUGUAUUGAAGAACGAGGUCUGGAAUGAAAUCAAGAAAAGAGCGGGAGACGCUGCGAAAUUACCCAUGAAACCGAGCUCUAGCCUCCCGCCUUUCAUAUUCGAUAACGAGGGAUGGAAUGCGCUGAAAACAGCUACGAGAAGAUCGUUCGGUACUAUUGCUGCUCCUGUCUCGGCUGUCAUUGGUAAAAGCAGUGUGAAGGGCGUGGUGGAUUCUACUAGACAAUCUUCAGGAAAUGGUGCUGGCUCAAAUGGACCUUCUUCAAAUAACAGCGAUGGUAAUUCCGGAUCCAAACCCCUUAGAUUGGCUGUCAUGGCUGGUGUAGGGUUAGGUGCAGUCAUUUAUCUCUACCGACGACUGGUCAAGAACGAGUCAGCCGUAGAGAUGAAUUAUAUCCCUGUGCAUUCCGAUGAGGAAGUUUCGAUCCAAGAGGACAUUGUGGCAAUUUCACCAUCCGAACCUCCUUUUACGGUCUUGCGUGUGAUACAGUUAUACAUCGUUGAACCAUUCGCCACGGUAAUCAGGUUCUUCCACUUGGCAUUCUUAUUUGGACCCGUCAUUUUGACCACACCGAUGUUAUUGGUUGGCAAGCCCGAACGACGACGACGCAGGUCAGGUAAACCGGUUUCGGGCGAUGAAGAGGAGAAUUGGGGUGCGAUCUGGUGGUAUUCUUUCUUGGUCAAACAGAUGGAACGGGCCGGCCCGUCUUUCAUCAAACUUGGACAAUGGGCUGCAUCUCGAGCGGACCUCUUCCCAGCUGAAUUAUGCGAUAAGAUGUCGAAGUUGCAUUCGAACGGUAAACCACAUUCGCUCUCUCAUACCAAACGAGUACUGGAGAGAGCCUUCGGGAUGAAGUUUGACGAAAUCUUUGAGAAAUUUAAUGAAGAGCCUAUAGGCUGUGGAGCUAUUGCCCAGGUGUAUAAAGCCAAGUUGAAACCAUCCGUAUUCAUCGACGGAGCAGCUAGUGCGAAACACGAUCGAGUAGCAGUAGACGAGUCUCAUACACGUUCCGUCGCCAUCAAAGUCUUACAUCCUCGAGCACGUAAAACGAUUCGAAGGGAUAUAGCCAUUAUGUCAGUGUUCGCGAACAUCUUCAACGCUUUCCCAGGUAUGGAAUGGCUAUCGCUCCCUGAGGAAGUCGCUGUCUUCGGCGACAUGAUGAACUCGCAGUUGGAUUUAAGAGUGGAAGCGUCCAAUUUAGAAAGAUUCGAGGUGAAUUUUCAAAAGAGGGGUAGAAGGGUGACUUUCCCAAGUCCCAUCAAAUUGGGUCAAAACGAAUCGAAAGAUGUAUUAAUAGAGGAAUUUGAAAAUGCUUUACCGUUAAAGUGGUUCUUGACCAAUGGCGGUGGAGACUAUGAUGAUAUGAUUGCUGGAAUCGGAUUAGAUGCUUUCUUGGAAAUGUUGUUAUUGGAUAAUUGGACUCAUGGUGAUCUACAUCCCGGUAACAUCAUGGUACGGUUCUAUAAGCCCACCACUACAGAUUAUCUCGGACCAUUGCUCAAUAAAUUCAGUCGACAUCCUCAAACACCACCUUCAGACUCACCACCCUCGUCCAGUCUAUCUAACGAACAGCUCGUCGAGUCAUUGGCAUCCAUAGCGCACGAUCACGAUGCGUGGCAUGAUCGACUCUCCGAAUUGUACAAAGAGGGCUAUGAGCCUCAACUGAUUUUCAUCGAUGCUGGUCUGGUCACUUCUCUGGACGACAAGAAUAGAAGAAAUUUCUUAGACUUGUUUCAAAGUGUAGCUGAAUUUGAUGGGUACAAAGCUGGUAAACUGAUGGUCGAGAGAUGUCGUACGCCGGAACAUGUAAUUGACGAAGAGACUUUUGCUCUCAAAAUCCAACAUGUGGUCUUAUCAGUCAAAUCGAAGACGUUCAGUUUAGCAAAAAUCAAAAUAUCCGAUAUUCUCACUGAUGUGCUCAACGCGGUCAGACAACAUCAUGUGAAACUUGAAGGUGAUUUUGUCAAUACCGUCUUGUCGAUUCUACUUUUGGAAGGGAUAGGUAGACAGUUGGAUCCGAAUAUGGACUUGUUCAAAUCUGCUUUACCGAUCUUGAGACAAUUGGGUAGACAGAUGGGUACAAAGGAGGUUAUCAAUAAUACACCUAAAGGGAAUUUGUUAGCUAUGAUCAAGCUCUGGGUAUGGGUAGAAGCUAGACAGGUAGCCGGAGAAGCGUCGAUACUGGAUCAAUGGAUCAAGUAUGAUCGACUUUUCCCUGCUAUAUAA